GGGACGUACCCAGGGAACACGGCUCUCGUUUCCGGCGGGGGGAGGGGUUGGGGGUUUUGUCCCCUGCUCUGGCGUUGAAAUGGCCGGGAAACCUCUGAGAGUACUGGCCUGUGGGGAUGUUGAAGGAAAAUUUGAUAUGUUGUUCAAUAGAGUGCAAGCUGUUCAGAAGAAAAGUGGAGAAUUUGAUCUGCUUUUGUGUGUUGGGAACUUCUUUGGCUCUACUCCAGAGGCAGAGUGGGAGGAAUACCGGACAUGUGCCAAGAAAGCUCCUAUUCCAACGUAUGUCUUGGGUGCCAAUAACCCGGAAACUGUACAUUAUUUUCCAGACGUCAAUGGCUGUGAACUAGCUGAGAACAUUACAUACUUAGGUCGUAAGGGUAUUUUCAGCGGCACCUCAGGGUUGCAGAUUGCCUACCUGAGUGGUACAGAAUCCCUGAGUGAGCCAGCUCCUGCCUACAGUUUCAGCUCCAAGGAUGUGUCAGAACUGAAAAUAUCUUUAUUAUCUACUCCAAAAUUCAAAGGUGUCGAUAUCUUGCUGACAUCCCCCUGGCCCAGAGGUGUCGGGAAUUUUGGAAAUAAACCUGGAGAAAUGGAUACUAAGAGAUGUGGAUCUGUGUUAAUAUCUAAUUUAGCCACAAGUCUGAAGCCAAGAUAUCACUUUGCUGCAUUGGAGAAGACCUAUUAUGAAAGACUUCCUUAUAGACAGACAAUCCUUGUUGAGGAUUCAGUACUCAGAAGAACUGAAAUAGUAUUCUGCAAGGGACAGGAGGACAACUGGAGAGUGUGCUACAUUUCCAGAUAUCUCUAUGCAUUUAGUAUUCUCCCAAUGCGCUCAAUGGACCCUGCAGAGCUAGUGAAACAGCCACAGGAUGUCACUGAAAACCCAUAUCGGAAAUCUGGGAAAGAGGCACAUCAGCCAAAGAUGCUCUCAGGUGCAGAGGAAGAACCAGCUUGUCAGUUUUUCUUUGAUUUGAGCAAACAGCAUGGAAAGAAGCGGCCAUCAGAUGGAAAGGGGGGACAACAUUCCCAGCUCAAGCAGCCUAAGAAAAUCCAUCAGCCAACUGGCCCCUGCUGGUUCUGUCUUUCCAGCCCUGAAGUUGAGAAACAUUUGGUUGUUAGUAUCGGCACACACUGCUAUCUUGCCCUUGCCAAGGGUGGCUUAUCAAAUGAUCAUGUCCUGAUUUUACCUAUUGGGCAUUACCAGUCAGUGGUUGAACUUUCUUCAGAGGCGAUGGAAGAAAUAGACAAGUACAAAUCUGCCCUGAAGAAAUUUUUCAGAAGCAAAGGAAAAAGAUACGUGUUGUUUGAAAGAAAUUACAGGAGUCAGCACCUACAGCUGCAGGUGAUUCCUGUACCACUCAACUGCUGUGCUACUGAAGACAUUAAGGAGUCCUUUAUUUUACAAGCACAAGAACAGGAGAUUGAAUUAUUAGAAAUCCCAGAGCACUCGGAUAUCAAGCAAAUUGCACAGCCGGGGACACCUUAUUUUUACGUUGAACUGGAUACUGGAGAGAAGCUUUUUCACCGAAUUAAGAAAAAAUUUCCCUUGCAGUUUGGAAGGGAAGUGUUGGCGAGCGAAGCCAUUCUGAAUGUUCCAGGGCGAGCGGACUGGCAACAGUGUACGGCCAGCCGGGAUGAGGCAGAGGCCACUGCCAAGGCCUUCCGGGAAGACUUCCAGCCUUUUGAUUUUUCUGAGCUGCAGUAAUGCUGCGGACCCUGCGGACGCUUGUUCCUGCCUCGUCAGCGCCGCUGCCCUUGCCCUGGGCUGGGCACGCAGCCGAACUCAAUCCAUGCUGGGGCGAGGUGCCGGCAGGGCAGGGCGCAUGCACUUUUUACCCCUGCAAUAAACUUUCUACUUUUCUGUGUCA